UCAUAUUAUGUUGUCAUACUUUUUCAUGUCACAAUUUAUUACAUAGUAGUCAGUAGUCACUGUUUACGUAUAUUUAAACACAAAUUUUUUUCUUAAGUCAAAUUUAUAAUGGAAAGUUUGACUUCAAGUAGUUCAGAAUGGGAAGAGGAAUUGGAAACUGCAGCUGUUUUUGCAAUUUUGAACAAACAAAAUAAAAAAUCCACCAGAUCAUGCUGGGUACAUGAAAUUAAUAAAAAAAGGUUAAAAUUAGGAGAAUUCCAUCGUCUAGUUCAUGAAUUACGAAAUGAUCCAAGACGAUUUCACAUGUAUUUCCGAAUGACAAAAGAUGAAUUUGAUUAUGUACACAAUCUUAUUAAAAAAGACAUACAAAAACAGAGCACUCAAUUUCGAAAACCUAUAAGUACCGAAGAAAGAUUAGCGGUUUGUUUGAGAUAUAUCAUGGAUAAUGAGUACAAAGUUGGAGCAUUGUGCGAUUUGAUAGCAUCAAAUGGAAAUAAAAAGAAAACUAAAAAAGAUAAAAAGGCGAAAGAGAAUAUUGAAUGUCAACUCCAAUCAGAUACAAAUUUGAAUGAUUUAUCUAAAAAUGAAAAUGCAGAAAAAUCCAAGAAGAGAAAAUCCAAGAAUUCAAAUGAACAAUCAAUAAAAAAAAUUAAAAAAAAUAUUAAAAUUUCUUUAGUUUCUCCACAAAUUGAAACUGUUGAUAUAAAACCAGAAAAAAAUUUAGAAACCAAUAAAACAAAUCAAAUUAAUGAAGACACAAAUUCAGGAGUUAUUGCAUCUACAAAUUUUGAAAAAAAAAUAAAAAAAAAAAAAGACAAAAAAUCGAAAGACAAUUCAACUAAGCCUAAUGAUAAAACUAAGAAAAUUGAUAAAAAAUUCUCUACGACUAACUCAUUAGAUAUAAAAUCUUCUGAGGAUUAUACUGAAAAAGAGUCGAGAACUGUGUUUGUUGGAAAUGUUCCAGUUAAUGUUAAAAUGACUGCUGUAAAAAAUUUAUUUAAGCAGUUUGGAGAAGUAGAAACUACUAGAUUAAGAAGUGUAGCUGUCAAAAAUCUUGAUAUACCUAAACGUGUAUCUAUAAUGAAAGGAGAUUUUCAUCCGCAGAGAGAUACUGCUAAUGUAUAUGUACGUUUCAAAACUAUCGAACAGGCACAAAAAGCAUUGGUUUUAAAUGCCACACAGUUUGAAGGACAUACAAUAAGAGUAGACAUGGCUUUAAAUACAGGUCAUAAGCAAAAUAUGAAAAAAGGAAUAUUUAUUGGAAAUCUACCUUAUAGUAUUCAGGAAGAUGAAAUAUGGGACUAUUUUAAAGAUUGUGGAUCAAUAUCAGCUGUGCGUAUUGUCCGUGAUAAUGCAACAGGUGUGAGCAAAGGUUUUGGAUAUGUAGAUUUUGAAAGUAAAGAAUCUGUUGAAUUAGCUAUGCAAAUCCAAGGGAAAAAGGUUCAAAAUAGAGAAAUUCGCAUUAAAAGGAGAAACAAAAAAAAUACAAACAAGGUGUUUGACAAAAAAUCAUCACUAUUUAAAAGAACCAAACCUAUUGUUAGUAGAAGUAGUCAAAACUUCCAAGGAGAAAUAACGAAACCAAAAACACAAAAAAAGAAACAAAAGCCAACAAAAACUGAUUUAAUGAGAAAGAAGAUUGCUAAAAAAUUAAAUGCUUAAUCUAAUUUGUAUUGA